GGCGUUCUCUUCCAUAAACUUUUUCGACUUUUAUUCAUUUUUUUGGGGCGGCUUCUUGAUGUUUGAAUCAUUUUCAUUCGAGUUCUCCAAUCAGAAUGUUGAUUCCUCAGAGGAAUGAAAAAGAUUGGAGCGCUUUUUCUCCGACAUUUUGUUGGACAUUCCGAACUCUCUCUAUAUUUCUCUCACAUAGAGAUAAUAUCAAUUUCGAUAUUUAUUAUUAGGUCUAUCUAUGCACUCUUAAUAUGUUUUAGGUUAAGUUCGCUAGAAUGCGACUAACAAAAAUUUUAUUUUUACAAAGUAAACUGAGUUUUACAGAUACUUUAAGGAACAACUUCAGAAGAGCAAUUCAAGAUCCACGAUAUCUUCAAACUAUCGAUACUAUAUCUUCUAAGAUAGAUGCUACAAGGGUAAAAGAAAACUUCUAUAAGAAUAUAAUCAGUAUUAAUCAAUGGUACACUAGGAUAUUAGGUCUAGAUGAAGUUAAGCAAUUUCAGGAUCGAGUUAUAUUACUUCAAGAAAAAUUAUUAGUCACUCAGGAAAAGAGAAGAGAAAUUGGAUCUCAGUUGAGUGAGAUAAGAAAAAAGUCCUAUCAAAUUCAAGAUGAAUUGCAAGCAAUCAAACGCCAGGAAGAACCUGAUAAAUACUUUAAGCUGAUGAAAGAAGAAACUGAGCUCUUGAAGUUAGAACAUGAGAUAAAUUUAUCAUUUCAAGAAUAUGAUAAAUCAGAAAGAGACCUCUUUACUGCCUAUUCCAAUGCAGUCAGAGAUUCUCAUGAAAAGUACAGAUCCCAAAUGGAUUAUACAAAAUAUUUUGGUAUUAUUUUAAGUAUUGCUGGUUCAUUUCUGGCAUUUGCCUACACUACACUCCGUAAACAUGAUCUCAAAAUGUUCAUUGAUAAGAAAAUAGAAAAUUUGUAUAGUUCAUUAGACCCCUUACUGAUACAGUCUUUAGUUAAAGAGCAGUCAGAGAUAUCAAAUAAGCUUUUGGGUUUACAAAAAGAAAACCAGAAACUUUUGAGUUCCAUGGAUUCCAUAAGCAUUCAGUUUAGAGAGAACAAAGGAAAACCGACUUUGGUGGUUCAAGACACACCAUCAGAUGGCUUUGACGAUAAUAGAACAAAACUCGUAAUAGGUUUUUCAUUUUGUCUAAUAUUUAUUGGUUAUGUGUUAGGAAAAAUUGAUAGAUAAUAUUAUUGUGACUACUAUAAAUAGUAUAAAAUAUUUGUUGAGCAGGUCUUGAAUAAAUGUUAUGCAUUGGGA